AUGCCCCAAGGUACCGUCUACAUCUUGAUCCUGCUCUGGACAGUAGCCACUAUUAGUUCAGUUACAGAUGCCUUCCAGCUGUCAGGUCUACAACCGCGAUGUCCCCGAUCGAUCAAGUUGGCAUCAUCGUACAACGAUGACGAGUUCUUGGAAGUGGACGGUCCCAAGGCUCAGCUCCUCGAAGCCAUAGGCUACGAUAGCCGUGUCGAUGAUGUACCACGAUUUGCCACCUUUUCCUUGAGAAGCGGAGAUGAUGGCUCGAGCGAAAAAUCCAAGAUUAGUUCCUUAGCAGAAGAUUUGUCUGGUUAUGUCCUUCCACUCGACAAACCGUCACGGUGGACGCUGCUCUACACGGAAGCCCCCGACUUGCUGGGAUUCCGAGGAGGACCACUGAGUCAACUUAUAUCCAUUCAACAACUAGUCAAGAGCUCCACGCAAUUGGAGCUUGUGCUGACCUACAAACCCUCCAGCAACAUUGUCCAGCUGACCAGCUCCUUCUUGUCGGAUGUUCAAGAAGAUCGCCUGGAACAAGCCGUCACAUUUGACUAUGAGGUUGGGUCCAUGAACAAGGUAGAUCUUCAGUUGAAAGGAACUCGUAUCGAAGGAACUCGUUUUGGGGGCGUUCCAGCUCUUCAGUCACCCACAGGGUUGCCUUUGGGGGGCUUUUCCAUUGUCUACAAUGAUGGUGAUUUGCGAAUCGACAAAACUACACAGGGAGAUUUUUUGAUCAUCUACAAACGAACUGACUAG